AGAGAAGAGAAGACACUUUCCAUCAUAAACAGAAGAAGAAGAGCACAGUCCGAAGCUACAACCACCACCCACGAAGAACUCUUAAACCCUUUCCAAGUUAUGUUACACCAUUAAUUUAGAGAGGAGAAAAAAAAAGAAGAAAUGAGGAUUCUUCACUUGAACUCCCAUGCUCUAUCUUCUCUCUCGCUCUCUUCUUCCAGCAACUUCCUUCAAGACUCUAAACCACACAAAGCCUUCAAAGCUUGUAACCAUCUGAGCUUCAGUAGAAUGAAGAUCAAAGCUGUAGGGAUGGUCUCCUCCGGCGGCGGCAGCGAACCAGAAGCUAUCGUCUCAUCAGAAGAACCUCCUUCCAUCGAUUUUGCAUUCGUUAGUUCCGUAUUACUUCCGGAUGGAACACCUGAUAUACACAUUCGUUCAGCUCGUGGUGGUCAGAAACUUAGAGAUAUAAUGCUCGACAACAAUAUUGACCUCUAUGGACCAUAUGCUAGGCCUCUUCUAAACUGUGCAGGAACAGGAACAUGUGGAACUUGUAUCGUGGAGGUUGUUGAGGGGAAGGAACUACUUAGCCUCCGUACAGACAAAGAAAAGGAAAAGCUCAAGAGGUCUUGCUCAUGGCAUGGAAACUGGGAUUUGCAGAAGCCAAAGAACUGGAGACUUGCUUGCCAAACCACAGUUGGGAAAGAAGAUUCAAGGGGAGAGGUGGUCAUUCAACAAUUGCCAGAAUGGAAGGGUCACGAAUGGUCAAAUCCUCGUACUGAUAAACCUAGAUAAGGAAAGCUUUGGUUUAAAUUCAUAAGAUACAUUCAAAUUCAAAGCAAUCGCAGCGAUUAAAAUCCUUAAUUAUCAGAGUUGUUUUGAAUGCUUUGUGAUUGAAAGGUUUCUAAUCGUAAUUAGCAUUUUUUAUACUUCUUA